AUGGCUUCGUUCCCUGAGACCGACUUCCAGAUCUGCCUGCUGUGUAAGGAGAUGUGCGGCUCGCCGGCGCCGCUCUCCUCCAACUCGUCCGCGUCGUCGUCGUCCUCGCAGACGUCCACGUCGUCGGGCGGGGGCGGCGGGGGCCCCGGAGCCGCGGCGCGUCGCCUGCACGUCCUGCCCUGCCUGCACGCCUUCUGCCGCCCGUGCCUCGAGGCGCACCGGCUGCCGGCGGCGGGCGGCAGCGCGCCAGGAGAGCCACUCAAACUGCGCUGCCCGGUGUGCGACCAGAAAGUGGUGCUGUCCGAGGCGGCAGGCAUGGACGCACUGCCCUCGUCUGCCUUCCUGCUCAGCAACCUGCUCGACGCCGUGGUGGCCACGGCCGAUGAGCCGACGCCUAAGAACGGGCGUGCCGGCGCCCCCGCGGGUGCGGGCGGCCACAGCAACCACCGCCACCCCGCGCACCCGCGAGCGGCUGCCUCAGCGCCGCCGCCGCUCCCGCAGGCGCCGCCGCCUCCCGCGCCCUCCCGCUCUGCGCCCGGAGCCCCGGCGGCAUCUCCGUCGGCGCUGCUAUUGCGUCGGCCUCAUGGCUGCAGCUCCUGCGACGAGGGCAACGCGGCUUCGUCGCGCUGCCUCGAUUGCCAGGAGCACCUGUGCGACAACUGUGUCCGCGCGCACCAGCGCGUGCGCCUCACCAAAGACCACUACAUCGAGCGCGGCCCUCCGGGCCCCGCCGCCGCCGCCGCCGCCGCGGCGCAGCAGCUCGGGCUCGGGCAGCCCUUCUCCGGCGCGCCCUUCUCCAUUCUUUCGGUGUUCCCCGAGCGCCUCGGCUUCUGCCAGCACCACGACGACGAGCUGAGCAUCGAGCAAGCCCAGACGGUGGCAGAACAGGUGGAGAUGAAGGCAAAGGUCGUGCAGUCGGAGGUCAAAGCUGUGACCGCAAGACACAAGAAGGCCCUGGAGGAGCGCGAGUGUGAGCUGCUGUGGAAGGUGGAGAAGAUCCGCCAGGUGAAGGCCAAGUCACUGUACCUGCAGGUGGAGAAGCUGCGGCAGAACCUCAACAAGCUGGAGAGCACCGUCAGUGCGGUGCAGCAGGUCCUGGAGGAGGGGAGGGCACUGGAUGUCCUGCUGGCCCGGGACCGCAUGUUGGCCCAGGUGCAGGAGCUGAAGUCGGUGCGCAGCCUCCUGCAGCCCCAGGAGGAUGACAGGGUCACAUUCACGCCCCCAGACCAGGCACUCUACCUUGCCAUCAAAUCUUUUGGCUUCGUCAGCAGUGGGGCCUUCGCUCCGCUCACCAAGGCCACAGGGGACGGCCUUAAGCGGGCCCUCCAGGGGAAGGUGGCCUCCUUCACUGUCAUCGGCUACGACCACGAUGGGGAGCCUCGCCUCUCAGGAGGGGACCUGGUGUCAGUGGUGGUCCUGGGCCCCGAUGGCAACCUGUUCGGGGCAGAGGUGAGUGACCAGCAGAAUGGGACCUAUGUUGUGAGCUACCGGCCCCAGCUGGAGGGCGAGCACCUCGUGUCGGUCACCAUGUGCAACCAGCACAUCGAAAACAGCCCCUUCAAGGUACUGGUCAAGUCAGGCCGCAGCUACGCAGGCAUCGGGCUGCCGGGCCUGAGCUUCGGCAGUGAGGGCGACAGUGAUGGCAAGCUUUGUCGGCCCUGGGGGGUGAGUGUGGACAAGGAGGGCUACAUCGUGGUGGCCGACCGCAGCAAUAACCGCAUCCAGGUGUUCCAGCCCUGCGGCACCUUCCAUCACAAAUUUGGCAGCCUGGGCUCCCGGCCUGGCCAGUUCGACCGGCCCGCUGGGGUGGCCUGCGACACAGCCCGCAGGAUUGUGGUGGCUGACAAGGACAAUCAUCGCAUCCAGAUCUUCACCUUUGAGGGCCAGUUCCUCCUCAAGUUUGGUGAAAAGGGAACCAAGAACGGGCAGUUCAACUACCCUUGGGAUGUGGCAGUGAAUUCGGAGGGCAAGAUCCUGGUCUCUGACACUCGGAACCACCGGAUCCAGCUUUUCGGGCCUGAUGGAGUCUUCCUGAAUAAGUAUGGCUUCGAGGGGGCUCUCUGGAAGCACUUUGACUCCCCACGGGGGGUGGCCUUCAACCACGAGGGCCAGUUGGUGGUCACCGACUUCAACAACCACCGGCUCCUGGUUAUUCACCCCGACUGCCAGUCGGCCCGCUUCCUGGGCUCAGAGGGCACGAGCGCUGGCCAGUUCCUGCGUCCCCAGGGAGUGGCCGUGGACCAGGAGGGCCGCAUCAUCGUGGCUGACUCCAGGAACCACCGGGUGCAGAUGUUCGAGUCCAACGGCAGCUUCCUGUGCAAGUUUGGGACUCAAGGCAGUGGCUUUGGGCAGAUGGACCGCCCUUCGGGCAUCGCCGUCACACCCGAAGGGAUGAUCGUGGUGGUGGACUUUGGUAACAACCGCAUCCUCAUCUUCUGAUCGCUCGGUCUAGGCUUCGUGUUGGGGGUGUGCCUGUGUACGUCUCUCUCUCCCUAUCUCUCCUUUAGAAUUUCAGAGAAGAAACAGUCUCAGGGAAAUUUCUUUUUUUCUUUUUGUUUAAAGAGAACAAGAAAAGUACAACAUUGCUUAAGUCCUACCUCAUCUUUAUUUUUUUACAGAUGAAUGUACUUAUCUUUUCUGCAGGGAUUGAGCCUGUGAAGUGAUACUUUCUAUCUACCUCAUAAAUCUUUACAUUUCCUUCUCCAGCAGGCCCUCUGCCCUCCUCCCCCCUGGCUCCGUGGAGCUCCCCCCCACUUCCCCUCCCCGGGGCCUGAUACGCACAAGCCUCGCAGGGCACUGGAUGUGUGUGGUGGGUGUAUUCUGUAGGUUGAGCCAAGGAAACACGAAAAAAACUACUAAGUAAAAAAGAAAAAACUAUAAAACGUGGGAAAUAGGAUUUAAAAUGCUUAAUUAUAGAGUAUUUGUGUUCUUGAGAAUACUGUGUUUAUGGGGUUAGAUUGUGUUGUGUGAUCUUGAUCUUUUUGGGAAAUUCUUUUUUUUUUCUUUUAAUGCUGCAACAGAGAACUUUCUUGUGUUCUCCUUUUUAUACCUCAGUGUUUGUUAUCCUCUUCAGCAUCUUUUCUUAUUCCUAGAAGAUGUGGCUGUGGCUUGCUAGCCAGGAAAAGCAGACCAUUCAUAUUUUAGGGUAUGUAACUUUUGUUUUUCUUUUAAGGGAGGGUGUGUGUGUGUGUGCUUACACCAGAAUCAUAAAGCUGAAAAUGACACACCACCUCCCAAAAAACCUUCUUCUCACGCUUUGGUUUCUAAAAACUAGAUGUAGUUCAGGAUUUUUGAGUAAAAGUGUUCUCAGAAGUUAAGUAUGCUUAGUUUGUGGGUGGUUAUAAAGAGUUAAGUGGAAGGAAGAAGAAAAUCAACUUCAUUCUCAGAACGGGUGUUCAAAUGCAGACUGGCACGUGUAUGUUGUGUGGGCCUGCACAGGCUGAGGUAGUCAGCAGAGAGUAUAAGAAGCAGGGUACCCCCAAACUGCGGGAGCGUGGGGGUCCAUCUCCAACCUUAGGUUGAAUGUUGUGGAUGCCAGGUGUUUCUUUUCCUACGAAGAGUAGGCAAAAAGUGAACUUCUAUUUUAAAAGCACAAUUUUUUCCUGCUUUGGAAGUUCAGGGAAAUAGGCUAUUUGAAAGUCAAAUUAAUAGAAACAGCCCCAGCUCAUGUUAACCUUGACACAGGGGUUACCUUGAUAGUAUGGUUUGCUGCCAGGCCAUGCUGUAGGACCUCAUGGUUGACAUGAAUUUUUCCCCAAAGGACUUUGAAUGUAAAGGAUUUGUAAACCAAAUUGUCUCAGCCUGAAAUGUAGAACAGAAUGUCUUUCGUUAAACCUAUAUACCUCAGUACCAAAGAAUGAAAAUUUAAGCCAGGCUCCCACUGCAGACUUGGGGGGUGGCAUCUGUCACUUUACAGAGUCGGUGUGUAUAGUAAGCUGGACUUGGGUACAAAAUCUUGUGCUUCUGAGCAUUCUGUCUCCCGAGUGGAAAGUCAGUAUAGCUGAAUCCUGCUUCUCAGAGCCCAUAUACGUCCCUGCGUUCCCCCGAAUACUGACCUAGGAACCAGUUCAAGAGAGCGCACCUCGGGAGGGCGAGGUGCUUGCAGCGAGACCUUGUGUUUAAACAGAAAGACUAACAAGUCAGUUUCUGUUGCUGUAUUGAAGAGGAUUUCCUCUUGCAAUGUGGAUGUAGUUUUAAAUGAACAGAAUAGACUUAACAAAUGGAGCAAUUUGCUUCUGUCAUCACAAAAGAAAAGUUGAUGAUGGGGGCAGUAUUGCAAGUCAAUCAAAUUGCUUCUCCCAUCCAGCUUUUUUGGACACUUACUUCGUUGACCACUUAGGUACCUUUCUCUUUCCAUUACUUUAGUUUUAGGGUUUCUGAGUGACUAAAAUGGGCCAAAACUUUGUAAAGGAGAACUACAUGUAAUAAAAGAUCCAAAAAUUGGAAAAGCAGCUUCAAACUGGUGCCUCCUGGCAGGUGGGGAGGAAUCAGGAAAUCUUGUUCUCUCAAAACGCCUUUUCUUGAAGAAUUUAAUAGUGAACCCUUCCUCAGUUCCUACUCAGUUGCUGUUUAUUAUUUUGCCUCCUAAAUUCUAAGCUCUUUGGUAAAGAACUUGUAUAAUUGAACAUUUUUAUGAUUUUUGCAUUUUGGAAUAACUUGGUGCUACUCUUACCUCGCUCCCCAGCCACCCAACAAAUUGCCCUUUAAAUGCCAAAGACAGCUGGUUUUAAAUGCUUAAAAAAUACUUUUGUUGGGGAAAUGGAUCUUUAAAGUUUCUUAAAAAUAUUUCUCAGAAACCUAGGUCGCGAUCGUAUGGCUAGGGAGUUGCUCAGGCAGUCAUCACCUUGGUUCCUCCUGCAUUUUCCUGUCAUCUUCACGAUUCCUUCCCAGUUUGCUCCCAAGUGGGGACAUCUUGGGACUUGAGUGAGAAAUAUUCUUGGUGAACAGCAGUAACUAAAGCUGCUUAUUUAACAUUUUUCUGUAGAUGUGGCUGUAAAGCCAGGGUGUCCACACAUGGCUGAACCAAUCAGGUCUUAACUGAUAGACUGACAAAUUUGCAGGCUUAAAGCUCUAGUGGUCCUUGCCUGAGACAAGUGUAUAGGUGGGUGAUUCUGCCUCUUUACCACCCUCAGUGGUAUUCCUCUUUACCAUUCUGCACCCAUACUUGUGCAUCACUGCCAUUUAAGAAAUAUGGUCUCACCGGGGAAACUUUUGUUUUCAAUAACUGACCACAUGUGGUUACGCGUGAUGGACUUCUGACUCACAGGGAGGGACUGGUGCAAAGCACGUUGGAGUUUAUCGUACAGUGUGGGAUGCUCCAAAUCAAAGAAAGCCAACACUUGGAACUCCCUAGUGUGAGUGAGACUGUUGGAAGUUGAAAUUAUGCCAGUGUAGGAAGGAAUUGGGUCAGAGCCGGGAGUCUUGAACAGUGAGAGGAGGAUAAAAUGUUUUGUUGUGUAAAUGUGUUGUUGAGACAGUAACACCAUGGAUGUCUGAUCCUGGUCAGUUGGCAGGUGGAGUGGGGUGGGUGCAGGUCAGUUUAUGCCGGGAGAUGCCAACUGGACUUGGGUAUAUACAUUUUCGUAUUGAAAUGGCUGAAGGAAAUGUACAGAACCCACAGAUUAGCAACAGACCACUUUGGUUGACACUGACUUAACAUUUCAAAAGUGUUAAUCUUUAAAAAUACCGAACAACUCCUCUGUAAAUGUGGUCACGAGAAGCAAUGCUGUGUCAGAGACCUGCGCUGUGUUGUGCUAGCUGGUGGCCUGAGAGCUGGCUGGAGCCCAGGGGUCUGGGCAGUACCCCAAGUGCACUAACUCUUUGAUUGAUGGAUGCCCUUUUAAGUCUAACUUAUUUGGGGGAAACACAUACAAGGGUACCAUAAACAGAAUCUAAAUUACAUGUUGGGCCAAAAAAGUUGCCAGGCUUAAGGCACUUUGUGAUGGAGUUGGAAGAGAAUAACUUGAGAUUGGCUCAUUCUGUUUUAUUCUAGUUAAGCCAAAGCUUAAUGGUUUGAGGCGGGAAGUCUUCUAGGCUUGAAGCAGCAGAAUACUGUCUGUAUAAGUGUUAUCUUCCUCUUUGGAAGAUUCUAAGAUUGCUGUGUUCUGGUAGAUAGUGAAAGAUAUGCCAAAGUUAAUAGGCUUGUUUUUCUGUUUUUGUUUUUGUUUUUUUUUUUGUCUUUUUUUUUGGUUUUUUAAAUCCAAUGGUGCCAAAAAGUAUUUAGGGUAUUUAUUUAAAACAUCACUCUGAAUGAGUUUCCAGCAGUCUGGGGCUGUAUAUAAGUCCAACUCUCGGACUUGUGUGUGAUACCGUGGAGCCAGGACCUCCAUAGUCUCUUUGGCUUCUCUGGCUUCCUGCGGGCCAGGGGCACAGGAUGCACACACCACUCCACACUACACCACACCGUUGGUUUUUGUUCAGUUUCUACCUCAAUUUUGGCAAAAGUCAUCUACCUCAUGUUAGCAUCUGACGGGUCUCUGAAAAGAAUAACUAUUCAUCUGCCGGGGAGUGGGUAGGAGGGGGAGGUACCUCUAGAAGAAGAUGCCUUUAUAAAACCAGAAUUUAUUUUUCCCAGGAGAAACAUUUUUGACCUUAAAAGAAACUUUUUGACACCAAAUAUUCUACACUCAGGCAAAUACAGUCAUAAAUCCAAUUAUUAUUUCUUAACCAAUCAGGGCUUUUUCCCCCUCACUAGGAAUUAUGGGCAUCACGACCAUGUUCAGUAUUAUGAAACUGCUGGUUCAUCUGACCUAUUUGAGAACUUAAAGACCUUUAGGUCUCUUUCUCUCUUCAAGAGAAAAAUAUUUUAUCUGUUUUUUGUAUAUCUGCAAAUACACACUCUAUUAGGAGCAAUUCUAAGGGUCUAGUUGUUGGAAACACCAAGUAUUUGAAGGGAAUGAGAAUCCUGUAGGCUUUGGGAUUGUAUCGGACCUCUUCUGGACUCAGCAGGAUGUCCAUCGCUGUGGCAUCGCAGCAGUCACUGUUUUACUGAGCAGGGACUGGUGAAGUGUAUGUUGCUCUUUUGUGUUUGAUUUUUUUCUACCAAAGGUGAUAUAUUGACAGGUCGUUGUUUUCCUUUGCUUUUUAAUUAAAUACUUGAUAACGUUGAAAAGCACAUUACCAUGAUAUAUACUGUAUUGCCUCUCCACCUUUCCUAUUCCUCUAGUUCAUUUUUGUUCAGGUUGGAAGGGAGGGCCCUAAGACCGCUGUUAAACUAUUGUGAAUUGGGUUUAAAAUGGCGUGGUGAAGAAAUACCUCAAUGAUGUCUAUUUUUAAAACUGAUCUUACGGGUUAACAAGCCAGCCUGGUGGGAUGUUUUCCAUCAUCAUUUAACCAGUAAUGGUUCUAAAAGUUUGUGUAUCCACAUGGUCUUAGACCUCUUUUAAUGAUUGUAUUAACUUACAAGCUCAGGUAGUAUUGUUCUUAAGGCUCUAUCUCAGAGCACACUGACUGAAUGUUAACGUGUGUAGCAAAGAGUUUACUUUCUUUAAAUCGCCAGCUCUGUAAUAGUUCUGUGUGAGCAGUCUGUGUAA